CUUCUCCCGGAGCUGCCGUGGAGGUUUCUGGAAAGGUCAGACUCGAAAAGAGCGACUCCAGCUAUUCUUUACGAGCUCUUUGACAGGAAGUCACCUAUCACAGUUAGUCCAGCCUCUGGAGAGCGUGGUUCACAACAAGGGGAGCCGCUCUCACGGGUGUUGCACGUUUUAGUCCGACCGUAAAGUUAGUUAAAGGAGUAAGGCGGUGAUUCUUAAAAUGUGUGUGUCCAUGUUUAGCUGAAACCAAUACAGGUAUGUGUGGAACUUGAGACACCCCGGGACGCAAUGGCCAGCGUGUUCAUACGCAGACCGAGCGUUGCAAGACACGGCGUGGAAAUCACCUGCACACGUAGCUGAGGCCACUGUGUGUUAUCUCCAGGACCUGCAGAGAGCAAGAGGAUCCACAAGCAAAGUGUUGUUUUGCCGAGCCCAAUGACUACGUGUUGACAGCGUUCAUGAUACAGCGGGUCUUUUCAGCAUUCUCUGCGGUCCACUUCAGCGAGUAAAGGAGGACGGGGGUCGUCAAGAAACAUGUUCUUCGUGGCCGGGGCCCGGAACACAGCGUCAGGCGUCGGGGAUGAAAGGCGAUCAAUUUAUAAGAAAUUCCGCGAGGUAGACUUACUGGACAAAAAGAAGACAGUGACGGCUCUCAAACCCGGCGAAGAUCGAGCUAUUUUCCUGGGUCUUGGAAUGAUCCUGUCCUCUGUUAUGAUGUACUUUGUGCUUGGGAUCACCAUAUUACGUUCGUACGCAGAAAGCGUGUGGACAGAGGAAGGUGUGUGUGUUGUGCUCAACUCCACGGUCACAGCAGACGUGAACUGUUCCUACAACUGUGGCUCGGACUGCUGGAGGGUCUCCAAAUACCCCUGUUUGCAAGUCUACGUGAACGUCAAUAACACGGGCCGCGUCAGUCGAUUGUCUCACAAUGAGGAGACGCAGGACGCCAGCUCCGAAUGUUUCUAUGUUCCCAGGUGCCAGAAGGACAGCGCUCAAAUGCACGCCAUGAUCGUGAACAUCUCCGAGCGCCUGAAGGCCAACCAGCAGGUCCCGUGCUACUACGACCCCAGCGAGCAGCAGGAGACGGUUCUCCUGACUCGGCUCUACGAUCACAGCGUCGUCUUCCACUCGCUGAUGUGGCCCUCGUGUAUGUUUGUGGGAGGGGUCCUCAUAAUCGUCAUGGUCAAGCUCACACAGUACCUCUCCAGGCUGUGCGAAGAAAUCGUCAAGAUCAAGAGAUGACAAAAGCCAGCAGACGUGAACCAACGGACCAUUCUGCGGAUUGUUGCAUUCGACUAAGGCAUUUGGGGACUCUGACUCUCUCAAGCUAAAGUACCGAGUGAACGUUCCCAAGGAGGAAACUUGGACUUUAAGUACCAGUAUAAUGGAGAAACAAGUUUCCACUAUAUUGAAACUAUUAUUUUCAGGAUUUAUGACAUCAAAAGACUUCAAAAGUUUGCAAGUAAACAGAUAUGGUCAAAAUAGUAUGAAUCUCACCGAGAUUCCCAGCCGUUUUAAGAGAUAACCAGGAAGCCAGUCAUAUGAUCCGUGACACAUAGUUGCCAACCAUCCCGAUUUUCCUGGGAGACUCCCAAAUUUCAGUCCGAAAAUCUCCCGGGGCAACCAUUCUCCCGAUUUCCACCCGGACAACAAUAUUGGGGUCGUGCCUUAAAGGGGAACAUUAUCACCAGACCUAUGCAAGCGUCAAUAUAUACCUUGAUGGUGCAGAAAAAAGACCAUGUAUUUUUUCAACCGAUUUCCGAACUCUAAAUGGGUGAAUUUUGGCAAAUUAAACGCCUUUCUGUUUAUCGGUCUUUUAGCGUCACCGAGGUAACACACCCGCCAUAUUCAUUUUCACAUUACAAACACCGGGUCUCAGCUCUGUAAUUUUCCGUUUUUUCGACUAUUUUUUGGAACCUUGGAGACAUCAUGCCUCGUCGGUGUGUUGUCGGAGGGUGUAACAACACUAACAGGGAGGGAUUCAAGUUUCACCACUGGCAAGAAAUCUGCCGCCAGACCCCCGUUGAAUUUGCCAGCGUGUCUUCACAUUUGACCGGCGAUGCUAAGACAGACAUAGCACAGAGAUGUAUGGAUAACCUGCAGAUGCAUUUGCAACGAUAAAGUCAACGAAAUCACAAAGGUGAGUUUUGUUGAUGUUGUUGACUUAUGUGCUAAUCAGACAUAUUUGGUCGCAGCGUGCCUGCCAGCUAAUCGAUGCUAACAUGCUAUGCUAAUCGAUGCUAACAUGCUAUUUACGCUAGCUGUAUGUACAUUUGAAACUAGAUACCCACAUUUAAUACGAAACAAACACUUACCAAUCGACAGAUUUAAGUUGCUCCAGUGUCACAAGAUGCGAAAGUCCUGAUCGUUUGGUCCGCACAUUUUACCGGCGAUGCUAAUAAGGCAGCCAUGCUAUGGGCCACUUCAUUAGGUACACCCACGCUAUGGCCGAAUAUCGUCAAUAGCUAUUCGCUCAAUAGCUUCAAUUUCUUCUUCAAUUUCGUUUUCGCUAUCUGCCUCCAUACUCCGACCAUCUGUUUCAAUACAUGCGUAAUCUGUUGAAUCGCUUAAACCGCUGAAAUCCGAGUCUGAAUCCGAGCUAAUGUCGCUAUAUCUUACUGUGGUAACCGCCAUGUUGUUUGUAUUGGCAGCCCUGUAUGACGUCACAGGGAAAUGGAUAGUGGUUUCGAAGAUAGCGAAAAUAAGGCACUUUAAAACUUUAUUUAGGGAUAUUCCGGGACCGGUAAAAUUUUGAAAAAAACUUCAAAAAAUACAACAAGCCACUGGGAACUGAUUUUUAUUGUUUUUAACCCUUUUGAUAUUGUGAUAAUGUUCCCCUUUAAAGGCACUUCCUUUAGCGUCCUCUACAACCUGUCGUCACAUCCGCUUUUCCUCCAUACAACAGCGUGUUGGUCCAGUCACAUACUAUAUGCAGCUUUUACAAGCACACAAGUGAAUGCGAGGAGUACUUGGUCAACAGCCAUACAGGUCACACUGACGAUGGCCGUAUAAACAACUUCAACACUGUCACAAAUAUGCGCCACACUGUGAACCCACAAUCAAACAAGAAUGACAAACACAUAUCGGGAGAAUAGUCGCACCGUAACGUAACAUAAUAUAACAUAACAUAACAUAACAUAACAUAAACACAACAGAACAAAUACCCAGAACCCCUUGCAGCAUUCCCCAUCUCCCGAAAUUGGCGUUCUCAAGGUUGGCAAGUAUGGACGGGACGCUCACAUAAUCCCGUUUGGAUGAAGAGUCCAUCACAAUCCUCGCGAAGGGUUAAAAAAAAAGUUGCCACAACGAGCGUCUAUUUGUGAGUUUUUCACUAUCUCAGGGGAUGUCAAAAUGGAUCGACCUUUCGGUCCAUGGGCGCAUUGUUUGUAAUACCAAGUGAGCGAUGCAUAAAUUAUAAUUUAGAACUAACUUUCAGCAAGUUUGAGACGAAGCAGUGUGUCAACAAUAGCAGCAUAAGCAUUAGCUCACUGCUAUCAGUCCAUCCUUCCAUCCAUUUUCUACCGCUUGUCCCUUUUGGAGUCACGGGGGCGCUGGUGCCUAUCUCAGCUACAAUCGGGCAGAAGGCGCUGUACACCCCGGACAAGUGCGCUGCUAAAAUAGGCUGUCUGCGUUAGCACUUAUAAUAUCAAUAUCACUCAUAUUUGGUUAAUUUUCUGGUCCAUCCAUUUUCUGCCGAUUCUCCCUCUCGGGGUCGCAUCACAACAUGUAAAUGGAACAUUGUUGGUGGUUUCUGGAGGUUUUUAGAGGGUUUUAUGGGCGCAAUCGAGGACUUCUCCAUCUCUUGACUCCAUUGUUAGCUAUUUAUUUACAAUUUACAAUUUAUCGUCUUACUUAAAGGGGAACAUUAUCACCAGACCUAUGUAAACGUCAAUCUAUACCUUGAUGGUGCAGAAAAAAGAUCAUAUAUUUUUUCAACCGAUUUCCAAACUCUGAAUGGUUGAAUUUUGGCGAAUUAAACGCCUUUCUGUUUAUCGCGCUGCAAGCGAUGACGUCAGAAUGUGACGUCACCGAGGUAACACACCCGCCCUUUUCAUUUUCAACACAUUACAAACACCUGGUCUCAGCUCUGUUAUUUUCCGUCUUUUUGACUAUUUUUUGGAACCUUGGAGACAUCAUGCCUCGUCGGUGUGUUGUCGGAGGGUGUAACAACACUAGCAGGGAGGGAUUCAAGUUGCCCCACUGGCAAGAAAUCUGCCGCCAGACCCCCAUUGAAUGUACCAGAGUGUCUUCACAUUUGACCAGCGAUUCUAAGACAGACAUGACACAGAGAUGUAUGGAUAACCUGCAAAUGCAUUUGCAACGAUAUUCAACGAAAUCCAAAGGUGAAUUUUGUUGAUGUUGACUGCCAGGUAAUCGAUGCUAACAUGCUACGCUAAUCGAUGCUAACAUGCUAUUUACCGGCGGUGCUAAAGCAGACAUGGCACAGAGAUGUAUGGAUAACCUGCAGAUGCAUUUGCAAUGAUAAAGUCAACGAAAUCACAAAGGUGAGUUUUGUUGAUGUUGACUUAUGUGCUAAUCAGACAAAUUUGGUCGCGGCGUGACAGCCAGCUAAUCGAUGUUAACAUGCUAUUUACCGGCGGUGCUAAAGCAGACAUGGCACAGAGAUGUAUGGAUAACCUGCAGAUGCAUUUGCAACUAUAUUACGUUUCCUUCCACCCACAUUUAAUGUGAAAAAAACACUUUCCAAUCGAAGGAUUUAAGUUGCUCCAGUGUCACGAGAUGCGAAAGUCCCGAUCGUUUGGUCCGCACAUUUUACCGGCGAUGCUAACGCAGCUAUUUGGCCAUGCUAUGGCUAUGAAUAGCGUCAAUAGCUAUUCGCUCGAUAGCUUUAGUUUCUUCUUCAAUAUUUUCAUACUCCAACCAUCCGUUUCAAUACAUGCGUAAUCUGUUGACUCGCUUAAGUCGCUGAAAUCCGAGUUUGAAUCCGAGCUAAUGUCGCUAUAUCUUGCUGUGGUAUUCGCCAUUGUUUGUUUACAUUGGCAGCACUGUAUGAUGUCACAGGAAAAUGGAUAGUGGUUUCGAAGAUAGCGAAAAUAAGGCACUUUAAAGCUUUAUUUAGGGAUAUUCCGGGACCGGUAAAAUUUUGAAAAAAAAUUCAAAAAAUACAACAAGUCACUGGGAACUGAUUUUUAUUUUUUUUUAACCCUUUUGAAAUUGGGAUAAUGUUCCCCUUUAAGGAUUGUGAAUGAUAAACAGCACAUCUGUUUCCACUGUUUGCGUAUUCCCAGUAUGACUGGUUUGAUAAUAUGGAAUAUUGAAAAUGGCCGGCUGAAUUUGUGGCAUUUUGUGGCGUUUUCACAUACUUUGUGGAUUGUAAACACAAUUGGAUAUGGUUUAAUGGUUACAAUGAAACACAAAAAAAGCAUGUAAAGUCAACUUGUUUUUCCAUUAUUCUGCUAUUUUAACUGGUUCGAACAUUGGGUCAUAAUUUGUCUCAAAUUGGAUUGUUUGGGGGGACUGUUUACACUUUUUCUGCUUGUAAUGUGAAUUAUUUUUCUUUCUUUUUACUCUGAUUUAACCAGGAAAAGUCCCAUUGAGAUUAAAAUAUAGAGGCCUGAACUCACAAUGCCACGUAUGAUGUAUGUAUCAAUUACAAUGCCAAGCUUCUGUAUGAUCGAUACAUAUAGAUUGAAGCAAGAAUGCAGAGAAAUGUUCAUUAUUUUGAUAUCAUUGACUGAAAGAUACAGUAUGCUCAUAAAUAUUCCAGUGACCAAAACACAAACAGAAGGUCUACAGUCUUCAUAAGGGAACACAAGGAACAUAAUUUUUUCCUAUCAAACGUUCCACUAUUUGAAAUAAUAUGCUUUGUCUGUUAGAAAUCAAUUCAUUUUUUGAGGCAUUAUUAUGUGCAACGUAUUAGUUUUAGGUCUCAGGAGUUUUAGUCAGUGCUCAACACAACUUUGAGAUCUUUAGGGAUUUCUAAAGUUCUCAUUAAAAUUAAAGGACAUUGUGAACAAUCACCGAGAGAUGUAAGAGUUUGUGAAGGAAUCGAGUCGUUUUUUAAGUGAAUAAUGAGAACCGAUUCCCACUUGUGAGCCGUUUUUAAUACACAUGCUCAUAUAGUGUCGACAAUUGCCCACUCGACUAAAAAAUUAGACAUACUUAAAGGACAUUUUGCUUUUUGAAAUGAAAAAUAUAAAAAUAUUAACAUUAUUUCAAUUGUAUUUAUUUUUGUUCAGAUUCACUUUUUUGUUUCAUUGUUCUGAUGUGUAAUAGUUCAAGCAUGCACACCAAAGGGAG